GCGGGCGCAGACCGCUGACCGGAGACAGUAGCUUCACAGAGAGCAGUGGCGAUGGCGACCGCGAUGGCACCGACGGCGGUGGAGCGGGCGGUGCUGGAGGAGGAAUUCCGCUGGCUGCUGCACGACGAAGUGCACGCCGUGCUGAGGCAGCUACAGGACAUCCUAAAGGUAAUGUCUCGCGGGCGGCCGUGGGCCUUUGCGUGCGUCCAUCCUCCGCUGGCCGGCCGCGCCUGCCUCCCUAGCGCCUACGGGGUACGCGGAGCGCAGUGUUCUGACGGGGCUUUGUCGUCGGUGGACUUGGGAGCCCAGUCGGGGGCGCCAGCAGAUAAUCACCCCGUUCCACCAGCAGCUGUGAGGCCUCUCUCCGCUUCACUCUGCCAGGCUCAGGCAUGGAGGGGCCUGCCAAGCAAGAGAACUUCAUUCUGGGCAGCAGUGGCACAGACCAGGUGAAGGGCGUGCUGACUCUGCAAGGGGACGCGCUGAGCCAGGCGGAUGUGAACCUGAAGAUGCCCCGGAACAACCAGCUGCUGCAUUUUGCCUUCCGGGAGGACAAGCAGUGGAAGCUGCAGCAGAUCCAGGAUGCCAGGAACCACGUGAGCCAAGCCAUUUACCUCCUCAACAACCGGGAUGAGAGCUACCAGUUCAGGACAGGAGCAGAGGUCCUUAAGCUGAUGGAUGCCGUGAUGCUGCAACUGACCAGAGCUCGCAACCGGCUGACCACCCCGGCCACCCUCACUCUGCCUGAGAUUGCCGCCAGUGGCCUCACGCGUAUGUUCACCCCUGCCCUGCCCUCCGACUUGCUGGUCAACGUCUACAUCAACCUCAACAAGCUCUGUCUCACUGUGUACCAGCUGCACACCCUGCAGCCAAAUUCCACCAAGAACUUCCGACCAGCUGGAGGCUCCGUGCUCCACAGCCCUGGAGCCAUGUUUGAGUGGGGCGCCCAGCGUCUGGAGGUGAGCCAUGUGCACAAAGUGGAGUCGGUGAUCCCGUGGCUAAAUGAUGCCCUGGUCUUCUUUACCGUCUCCCUGCAGCUCUGCCAGCAGCUCAAGGAUAAGAUCUCGGUGUUCUCCAGCUACUGGAGCUACAGGCCUUUCUAAGCAGAGCACCCAAGAGCCUGUCCCCCUGAGGAGUGGCCCCUAACCAGGGUGUCCCUGCCCCGACCACACCCUGGAGUGUGGCCCAAGCCAAGCACUACAGGAGAUUUACUGCCCUCCUUGCCUGUCCUGCCCGUCACAUUUGCACAGAUGGGAGUUGAACACUGGAACUUCUGGAAUGAAGGGAAGCUGACUUGCUUUUUGUUUGGGGUGGGGAUGGGUCAAGAAGGUGGGGUCAGGAGUUGGCCCACAUUCCAAGCCCUGCCCUUUGGACUCAAGGUGGAGCCCAGCCCAGGGCUCUCCUUCCCCCCUGCUGAGCUGCCCCCAGGUGAGGGGCAGCUGCACUCCUCCCGCUGGAAGGUGAGGAGUGGGUGGUGACCCUAAGCUGUGAGUUGGGAGAGAAGGAAAAGAAAAGGGCAGACAGAAGCCACAUACCAUGAGCUGGGGUCCCUUGACUGUUUACUCAGCAAUCCUACCAGGGCCUCCAAGAAAUAAAGAUCAUCCAACUUUGCCUGGA